AUGGGAAAUAGCAAAUCCAUAGCUGGUGGUCAGACAGCAGUUCCUGCUAAAGAGACCUAUGUGUGGUACAGAAAAUUUAUGAGGGAAUAUCCAUCCGACCUGCAAACACUGCAUGAAUUUAAGACACUCUUGGGUCUGCAGGGUCUGAAUUCAAAGGCCAACCAACAUGUUGAUCAAGUCUAUAAUACCUUUGACAUGAACAAGGAUGGAUUUAUUGACUUUUUAGAGUUUAUUGCUGCUAUAAAUCUAGUUAUACGAGGAAAAAUGGAGCAAAAAUUAAAAUGGUAUUUUAAACUAUAUGAUGCUGAUGGAAAUGGUUCUACUGACAAAAAAGACUCUACUGAACAUCUUCUGCAAAUUUUUCUUGCUGUACAAGCCCUCAAUGGCCAGCAAACUCUGAGUCCUGAAGAAUUUACUAACUUGGUGUUUCAUAAGAUCGAUAUAAACAAUGAUGGAGAAUUGACUUUAGAAGAAUUUAUCAAUGGCACAGAAAAAGAUCAGGAUCUUCUGGAGAUUGUUUCCAAGAGCUUUGACUUUUCCAACGUACUGAAAGUAAUCUAUAAUGAGAAACAGUCAGACACAGAAGGGAGGCUUCCUUCAAACCACGUGAGAAGACUGAUCUAGGGAAGGGGGAAAUGAAGCAGCUGUGAGCCGUGAGAAUGCCUUUUCCGACUUCCAGUGGAUACAAGACUUUCAGUUGAGAAGAAAUGAAAUUCUCCCACGUACAUGCUAUUGAUUUCAAGUUUUUAUUAUAAUUGGUAUUGGCUUGUGAAUACAUCACUUAAGUCCCAUGGAGACUUCCAUAAAGAUUGCAGACAAAAGAAUUGUUGCUUUUCUGUCUAUAUA